AUGGGCCAUCAAUUCACGCGAGCCCACCUGCUUCUCUUACUGACAAUCGCAGCCGCGGUUGCUUCACGCGCUCACAAGCUCAAAUCCGCCACGUUCCUAUCACCGGAGCUUGUCCUCGCCCCCGACUCGGUCACCAACACGCUCCACUACAACGUCGGCUUCCCGACCGGCCACAUCGGACUCAAGAGCUUCCACGUCGAGCCCGUCGACUCCUCCGGCCGCCCGAUCCCGCUCUACGACACGUAUCUCCACCACUGGGCUCUCAACCGAUACGUAAUCCCCAAGGGUGGGAGUAAAUCAUCAUCCUCCUCCUCCGACGGCGACUCCGCCAAUUUCGUGCGCAACGACGGGAUAUGUCAGGGCAACAUUCUGGGUCAGCACUACGGCUCCGGGUCGGAGACCAGGAGGAUGGCGACGUUUCUCCCCGAUCCAUACGCGAUCGAAAUUGGGAAUCCGGAGGAGGGUUUUGAGGAGAGGUGGAUGCUCGAAAUCCACGUGAUUGACACGAGAGGGGUUGUGGAUGGACAAGGAUGCAGGGAGUGUUUUUUAAAUUGUACAAUGUGA